AUGUGGAGUAGCGUGGAUUUUUUCCUGACUGACGAUAGUGAUGAAGAAUCGGCAAAUGUUUCGGUAAUGCGCCGAAACAUUCGCGAUUCGUCGAAUCCACUCUCCUUGUCAGAUGAUGAUUGCGUAAAAAUGUUUAGGUUAAACAAGGAGGCAAUUUUAUAUCUGCUAAAUUUAACUCAAGAGGAGUUCAAGAUGACGUACAGAAAUACGGCUAUUUUGCCAGUAAGGCGAAUCUGUGCGUCACUUAGAUUUCUAGCCACUGGAAGCUACCAGCAAUGCGUCGGUAACGACUUAAACCUGGGAUUAAGGCAACCUGUGGUUUCGAAGGUACUCGCAGAGUUUUUGAAAGUUAUGGAACGGAAGGUCUGCCCACUUUGGAUUAAGUCAGAUAUGACGUCGGACGAGAAAAAGAGUGCUAGCACGACAUUUUACUCUAAAAGUGGCAUCCCCGGUAUCAUCCAAGUGAUUGAUGGUACACAUGUCAAAAUAAUUUCACCUGGUAAGGAUACUCGACACAUGUACUACAAUAGAAAGGGGUAUUAUAGCAUCAACGCACUGAUUUCUUGUGACCAUGAACAUACAAUUCGGUUUGUAGAAGCAAGGUACCCGGGAUCCUACCAUGAUGCCUUCAUCUGGAGUUUUUGCGCGCUGAGGCAAUUUUAUACGCUGAGGAAUACACGAGUCGGUAGCCGUGAGCAGCAUUUCAACCAGAAGCAUAGCAAAGCAAGAAGCAUUAUAGAAAGAGUUAUUGGUAUAUUGAAAGCUCGUUUUCGUUGUCUAUUGGGUGCCAGAGAGCUGCAUUACAGCCCAAAAAAAGCAACAUCUAUCAUCAACGUGGCAGCUGCACUGCACAACAUAUGUCGGUUUUAUAGAAUACAAGAUCCACAGAACGACAUUAUUGAAAGUGUAAUUCAUCAAGAUGAUCAGAUUUACAAUGGCAGAGAGGAUUAUAGUGCAACUAGCAUUAGAGAUAGUAUCAGGGAUUGUUUGUGA